AUGGCGCCGCAUAAAACAAACGUAGACCGGAAAAAGAGAAAAGCCUACUAUAGGAAAAGUGCUGCUGCAUGUAAGCGUCAAAAGAUGGCCAGUGUUGAGGAUCCCGAUCGACCAGCUCAGAACAUCCCAAAGAGUCUGGAGUCUGGCAUGACUGGGUAUCUCAUCACUUGCAACCGGAAAGAACGUUCAGCCAUGCUUGAAUCUUUCCGUCUGCUGAAUGAUGCCCUGUCAAAAAUAACGUCGUCACCCAUCAUUUUUCCCCCCGGGACACAAACUUCAGACUGCCCCCGGCUUCAGUAUUGUCCGAAACCUCCGCAAACUACCCCUUGUGAUGGUAAUGAUGAAGAUGAUGAUAUUCUGUCAGAGCUUAGGCGCGAAAACAACGAUACUGAUAAACCAGUUGGGUCAGGUUCAAGUACCCGCUUCAGUUUUUACUCUAUACGUUGCGGAGUUUCUAACUGCCUGUUUCUACUUCAUCUUUCGGAGAGUGCUAGUGCUGGUGAUAUUGUGCAUUCUAUAUUUCAGCAUCUUUUGGACACCAAAGAGCCCCAAUCCAGAUAUGUUUUGCGUCUAUUGCCAGUUGCCGCCACUUGCCAAGCAAACUGUGUAGAAAUUAAACAGUGCAUUCGUAAGCUAUGGGCUGCAUUCCUGGGUACUGUGUCCGUGAACACUGCGACGCCGGUAACUGUCACCCAAGCUCCAGAUACUUCUGAUGCUGCAGGGAUCGAAGUUACCAAUAACUCUUCUUCUCCGGAUCCCAGUCCCUCCGUUCAUCGAUUGUGUCCAAAUGUGCCGCCCCAGCGUGCUAAAGAACAGACUAUGAAAGGUCCAAAAACGUUUCUUGUCAUGUUUAAGGCGCGAAACUACAAUUUGCUUUCUAGAGAUAAUGCAAUCGAGGCAACGGUAUCCGCUGUUCAGAGUGUGGACUCUUCAUGGCGAAUUAAUCCAAACACUCCGUCUGUGAUUAUUUAUGUCAAUGUGCUCCGAACGGUUGCAUGCAUCAGUUUACUUGAAAACUUUGACCUCUAUCGGAAAUACAAUGUUAGUGAACUUUUAACCGACAGAUGA